GGGUUGCCGCAGAAGUCAACGGACAGGGUAAAGAAGGACACAGACAGAGCGCUGACUCGCAACUAAUUUUUUAGUUGCGAGUCAGCGCUCUGUCUGUGUCCUUCUUUAUCCUGUCCGUACCGCAGAAGUCAACGGACAGGGUAAAGAAGGACACAGACAGAGCGCUGACUCGCAACUAAAAAUUUAGUUGCGAGUCAGCGCUCUGACUGUGUCCUUCUUUACCCUGUCCGUUGUCUUUUGCGCUGUUUUAACCUUUUAUUAAUUAUUUAUUUUUUAUUUUAACGUUUUUUUUUUUAACCUUUUAUUUAAACCCGGCUAACAUGGAGGUGAGCAUACUCCAGAAACGACUCGAGGACUCUUGUGCAGAAGCCCAAAGGUGGAAGAACGACUAUGAAUUGCUGCAGGCCAGGGUCGCACCCUUCCAGUUGCAGCUGGAGCUUUAUGACGUUGAGAGGCGCCACCUGGCAGAGAGAAACCAGGCUACCGAAUCGGAGCUGUCCAAGUUGCACCACAAGUUCUCUGAGCUGAUGGGUCACCAGAACCACAAGCAGAAGAUCCACUACCUCACCAAAGUCACCGAAGAACGGCAGCAUUACCAGGCGGGGGUCCUCAAACUGCAGGAGCAAAACCUCAAGCAGAUGAAGCUGAUCCAAAAGCUGGAGCUUGAAGUCAAACGUUGCUCUCUCAAGCCCCCUCUUGCUUCUCAUAAGGAAAACCUGUUUCCGUGAACUGCGCACUGAUCCGAUUUCGCAUACACCUGUCGCUGCUCCUAUUGUAAGCAUGCAGCCUUCAAGCCAAUUGGACUGGUAUUUAUUAUACCAGGAUUUUUACUGUCAUUUUAUUUUUAGAUUAUAUAUGUGAAUUUUUAAACGUGCAGAAUAAAAAGUAUAAGAAAACAUGGUA